AUGCCAUCAUUGGACCCAAUUCCAGCCCAGAAAAAUGGCCAAGUUGAGGCAAACUCCGACGAUGAAGCAGACCCUGAGCUGGUAGAGCUUUUGCGCCAGCAUUUCGGACUGGGCGCAAAACCAAUUGAUGCCCCGCCGGAGACGAGAGUGCUGGAGGGUGCGCAGUAUGUCUUUGACAAUGCCAUUGAUAUUGCUGUCAGCCGCGAAUUCACCAAAGAGGCGGCCGAGACCAUAUGGCGGAUGAUGCAGAAGAAAGAAUACUCCACACAUACCUGGUCAGAGCACGAGUUGCACCCAAAAACCAAGGAUGAAAGUACAGUGGAUUUCAUCUUCACCAUGGACUUGUUGAACUUCAGUUUCUGGUCUGCGGAGGAAGAGCAGCCGAAGCGUUUCUGUAUUGAGUAUCGUGGCAAAGUCUGGACUGGCUAUUGGAGUCUGGUUGCUGCGUUACAAAGAGCGCUUGACGAGGGUAUUCCUAUCACAACGCCCGACUUCUGGGUGGACGAAGAGAAGUGCACGGAGGAGUUACUGAAACAUGUACUCCGAUCUGCAACGGACGAAGAAAUCCCUAUGUUUAAAGAACGAGUGCAAUGCCUACGCGAAGCAGGCGAAGUCCUUUGCGAGGAAUUCGGCGGAAGCUUUGCGAAUUGCAUUGAUAGUGCCAACCUCUCUGCUGCAGGACUGGUCAAUCUAGUGACAGAGCACUUUGCCUGCUUCCGCGAUGAAGCGAUCUUCCACGGCAAAAGAGUCCGACUCUACAAACGUGCUCAGAUCCUAGUUGCCGAUAUAUGGGCGUGUUUCAAUGGUGAAGACUUUGGCGAAUUCCACGAUAUUGACAAGAUCACCAUGUUCGCAGACUACCGCAUCCCGCAGAUGCUGCAUCAGCUGAACUGUCUUCGAUACGCGCCCAAACUGGACCACCACAUCCGCAGCCUGAAGCCCAUUGAGCCAGGGUCGGAUUGGGAAAUCGAGCUUCGUGGAGUCAGUAUCUGGUGUGUUGAAUUGAUCAAGAGGGAGAUUGAAAGACGACACCCUGAAGUCAAAAUGAACGGCAAAAAGGCCCCUACUAAGGGUGUCUCAGACGACAACGAGAACGGGGAAACCGAAGUUUCGGAAAACGGACUGGCGAUUGCAGAGAAACCGCGAAAGGCAUGUGGCAUCAAUGCAAUCCUCAUCGACUUCUUCUUGUACGACACGAUGAAGACUUUGGAGGCGGAGAAGAACGAAUCUAUCCCUCAUCAUCGGACGAGGAGCAUUUGGUAUUGA